AUGAGUUUUACGCCCAUCUUACAGAGUGGUAGUGAUUCUCCGAUAGUUGAGGAUGGAAAAAUCCUAUGUGUUAAUGAAGCUGGUGAGCUGGUAUGGUCCCCUAUUGAUGAUUCACCAGAUUCUAUUGUCAGUAGUGAGCAAGAUGAAUUAUGUGAGGAAGGGGAUGAUAUUUCUAAAAGGGUGAAUCAAGAAAUUAACAUUGUCAUUGAUGCCAAAAACUGGAACAGAAAUGGAACGUUACUGCUUAUAUCCUUGUACAAAAAGUAUGUACCUGAUUUCCAAAAUACAAAAAUCAGAAAUUAUGUAGUUUGGAAGAAAAUAAGCAAUGACUUAAGAAAAGAAAAUUAUAAUUAUUCUCCCAAACAGGUAGAAAAUCGUUGGAAAAAUUUAAGAAAGAAAUAUAUUGCAAAAAAAGAUAACAUGAAAUCAGACCACAGUGGGGAAGGUCGCGUCGAUUUCGAGUUUGUAGAUGAAUUUAACGAGAUAUUUUCAAAUAAGCCAAAUGUUACACCUCUUGCUAUUGCUUCUACUUCCAAGAGUUGUGGCAAAUCACAACCAGAAAAAUGUGCAUCAGAUGAGCAAGGUGAUGAUGACAGUAAGAAUAAUGAAGCGGCUAAAAAAAAAAUAAAGCCUGUUGGCCAAAUUGUUGAGCAGUGGGCUUCUCAAAUGCAAGAAGAUUUAAACAGAAGGGAGGAAAAACAACAAGAGAGGCACCGCGAAAUGAUGGAGAGACAGGAUAGAGCAAUAGAUACGUAUAAAGAAAUCAUGGAAAAAUUGCUAAAUAAAUUUUAG